AUGUCUGAAGAUAAAUACUGUUUGGUGACUGGUGGUGCUGGUUACAUUGGGUCGCAUACUGUUGUUGAACUUUGUGAAGCUGGUUAUAAGUGUAUUGUUGUUGACAACUUGUCUAAUUCCAGUUAUGAAUCUGUCGCUCGCAUGGAAUUGUUGACUGGCCAGGAGAUCAAGUUCGCAAAGAUUGAUUUAUGCGAACUGGAACCAUUGAACAAGUUGUUCGAUGAUUACAAGAUCGAUUCCGUUCUACAUUUUGCCGGUUUGAAAGCGGUUGGUGAAAGUACUCAGAUUCCAUUGACUUAUUAUUUCAACAAUAUCGUUGGUACUAUCAACCUUCUAGAAUGUAUGAAGAGUCACGAUGUAAAGAAGUUAGUCUUUUCCUCUUCUGCCACUGUUUACGGUGAUGCCACUAGAUUCGAAAAUAUGAUUCCAAUUCCAGAGACCUGUCCAACAGGUCCAACUAACCCAUAUGGUAAGACCAAGUUGACCAUUGAAGAUAUGAUGAGAGAUCUACAUUUCUCUGAUAAGUCUUUCUCCUUUGCUAUCUUAAGAUAUUUCAAUCCUAUUGGUGCUCAUCCAUCUGGUGUCAUCGGUGAAGACCCUUUGGGUAUUCCAAAUAACUUGUUACCAUUCAUGGCUCAAGUUGCCAUUGGAAGAAGACCAAAGCUAUACGUCUUUGGUGACGAUUACGAUUCCGUCGAUGGUACGCCAAUUAGAGACUAUAUCCACGUUGUCGAUUUGGCAAAGGGUCAUCUAGCAGCACUAAAAUAUCUGGAAAAAUACGCUGGUACUUGCAGGGAAUGGAAUCUAGGUACCGGUCAUGGUACCACUGUGCUACAAAUGUACCGUGCCUUCUGUGAUGCUAUUGGUUUCAAUUUCGAAUAUGUUGUCACUGCUAGACGAGACGGUGAUGUUUUGAACUUGACCGCUAAAUGUGAUCGUGCAACAAAUGAGCUAGAAUGGAAAACGGAACUAGACGUUAAUAAGGCGUGUGUGGAUCUGUGGAAGUGGACUCAAGAUAACCCUUUCGGCUAUCAGAUUAAAGGUGUGGACUCCAAAUUCUUUGGGGAUAAGGGAGAUUUUUCAUCCAGAGUUGUAUCUCUAGGUAAAGGUACCUCAUUCGAAGUUAAACUUGCUAACCUUGGUGCUACCAUCGUUGACAUUGUUGUUAACGGGUGUUCUGUUGUUGCAUCGUUGGAUAAUGAAACCGAAUACAAGGAUCAAAGCAAUCCAUUCUUCGGCGCUACUGUAGGCCCCUAUGCUAACAGAAUCGCUAAUGGUACCUUCGAAAUCAAUGGUAAGAGGAUACAACUAACUGUGAGCAAAGAAGAUGGUAAUGUAGUUCAUUCUGGAAUCAACAGCUACCACUCUAAGAAAUUCUUAGGUCCAAUCGUUAAGAACCCGGAGGCUCAUAUUUGGACUGCAGAUUUCAAAUACGUAGAUGAAGAAACUGAAUUUCCGGCCAGGUUGUCCACUUUGGUAAGAUAUAAAGUCGACAGCGAAAAGAAGACUUUGACUGUUGAAUACGAAUCAAAGGUCGCGGGCCAAGGCUCUACAGGUGCCAACAUCACUAACCACACAUAUUUCAACUUGAACAAAUUCAAUGAAGCUACUAUUAAGGGAUCUAAAGUACAAUUGAUCGACAACACCGGUCUCGAAGUGAAUAACAAGUUGCUCCCAACAGGAAACUUAAAGAAAUAUACCCAAGUGGCUACUUUCAAUGAUUCCCCAACUGAAAUCACAGAGAAGGAACCUGUCUUAGAUUUCUGCUUCGUAAGCGGAUUACCUGCUAAACUAGAUACAAGAUCUUCUCCGCUAACACCGGUGUUUAAACUAUCUAACGAAGAUGCUAAGUUGGAAGUGGAAGUGGCUACCACUGAGCCAACUUUCCAGGUCUACACCGGUGAUUACGUCGAUGUCAAAGAUAAAUACGAAAACAGAGCUGGUAUUUGUUGCGAACCCGGUAGAUACAUUGACGCUGUCAACAAUCCUGAAUGGAAAUCGAGCGUCGUUCUUCCAGCGGGAGAAACCUAUGGCCACAAGCUUUCUUAUACUUUUAGGACUUUGUGA